AUGCUUAAACUGGUAACUUUUGCUGCUGUAAUUUGCGCUGCUAGUGCUGGCGUCAUUACUACAGGUCUAGGAUUUGGAGACGGUGCUGUAGUAGCUGCAGCUCCGGUCGCUGUUGCUGCUCCUGUUGCUGUGAAAACAGCCUUGGCUACUUCGUAUCAAAACAACAAUCAAAUCAGCCUACAUCCAACUGCUGUUGUUGCCCAAGCCCCUGUUGCUGUGGCCCAUGCUCCUGUUGCUGUAGCUGCCGCCCCUGUAGCUGUUGGUGUUGGCCUUGGGGGAGUCGGUGUUGGCCUUGGAGGAAUUGGUGUUGGAGGAAUUGGUGUUAGUGGUCUUGGUGGAUAUGGCCUUAAAGGAAUUUAA